GUGCGCGCGCCAGCAAGCGAGCCCCGCCCGCCAGCCCGCCAGCAAAAGGUCGCGCGGCGGCGGCUGUAGGAGACUCACCAGGACUCCCCUGAUGGCAGCGGCGCGAGCAGGGAAUCCCCAGGAAUUGUCUCGCGCCGUCCAGCUGCUGCCUUGCUGCGAAGCGGCUUUGGCUGCUGUUGCACCGCGGCGGGGCAGCGGCGGAGGCUGCCGCUCCUCCUAGCACUCGGUAGGGCUGACUCCGAGCGGCGCGAUUUUUUGGCUUCCGAAGGACCUUUGAAAAAAAAACUAAAAGUUAGCCCCUCGUUAACGUUUCCUAUAUAUAUCGUCGCCUGAUUUUGCGAUUCCGAGCGCUGUCUUCUUUUCUGUGCCCCUCCGACCGACAAGCCAGCAACAGCAUCGCGCACACGUGAAUGAGGCAGCCGCCCCCCGGCGAGUUUGACAUGGCACUCAGCAGCACGCUGCUCCCUUCCAUCGCCACCUUCGCAGCAGGCACGGCCGCCAGGGAAAAAGCCUUGAGACAAGCCGGUGCCAACAACAAGUGGAAGGAGGAGCUGUCUCACCUCAAGCGGCUACCCCCUGUGCUAACAGGACGGCAUUACGACCUCUCUCCUGAGCUGGAAACCUCCAACGGUGGCAGCAGUGGGGCUAUGUCAAGGAGGGAGACAGAGGAAUUGAAUGAGCUGCUGGACUUUGACUUCAUCCUGUCCAACUCCCUGAUGCCCCAGGAACAAACUGCCGCUGCCACAGCCGUGGUGAGCACCGCUCCCGGCUCCUCAGGCUCCAGCAACAGCUGCCCAUCCGUGACCACCUGUGAAUUCACCUACCAGCUGCAAAGGGGAGAUCACGCUGGUGGAGGAGGAGGAGGAGGAGGGGGCAUGCUGUACAGCAGGGAACAGGCUCCAGCUGCCCCGUUCAACCUGGCCGACAUCGACGAUGUGUCCCCCUCGGGCGGAUUUGUAGCUGAGUUGAUGAGGCCAGACCUGGACCCGGUUUAUAUGCAGCAGCAGCCGCUGCCACCCUCACUCGGCAGCUUGCAUGGGAAAUUUGUGGUGAAAGCCACAGUGAACAUGGGGGAAUACAGUAACCACAUCAGUGUUAGCAGCAAGAACCCGGCUGCUGCCGUUUCCCCUUGUACGGAUGGACCUGUACCUCCCUUAUAUAACCACGUCCCCAGGAUGUGCCCAAAAAUCAAGCAGGAGGCUGCCCCUUCUUGCACCCUAGGCCAAACCCAUGGGAAUACUCAGAGGGCGCAGCAGCAGCACGAGUUCCCCUUGGGGCGGCCACUGCCUAGCAGGACUAACCCUCCCUUGACUCCAGAGGAGAUGAUGAACCCCAGAGACUGCCACCCUUCCUCACAGGGCUUAAGUCACCCCAGUCUGCCAAUUCCUCCUCCAGGCUACCACCCUGCCCCCGGAUACCCUCCUUUCCUCCCGGAGCAGAUGCCACCGAGCGCACUCCAGUAUCAAGGUCAGUCUUACUAUCUAAAUGUUUUUGGAGAGCCUUUAAGUGUGCCUCGCUCGGUGCAAGGGAUGAUGCUGACUCCGCCCUCUUCACCUCUAGAGCUGAUUCCUUCUGGGAGCUGCCUGUCUGAAGAGACCAAGCCAAAGAGAGGACGGCGGUCGUGGCCCAGGAAAAGGACUGCAACACACACGUGUGACUAUGCGGGUUGCGGUAAAACAUACACAAAGAGUUCACACCUCAAAGCGCACCUUCGGACCCACACAGGUGAGAAGCCCUAUCACUGUGACUGGGAAGGAUGCGGCUGGAAAUUUGCCCGCUCUGAUGAACUCACUCGUCACUACAGAAAACAUACGGGCCACCGCCCCUUCCAGUGCCAGAGGUGCGACAGAGCGUUUUCCAGGUCUGACCACCUUGCCUUACAUAUGAAGAGACACUUUUAAAGGGAUCGGGCACACUUUCCUUUUACUGCCACAAGAGAUUCAGUAUUGGACAGCACAAAAGACUGUCUUCCACAAAAGAAAAAUCGAAAGGGAAGAACUCCACUUCAAAGCACUACAAAGAAAAGUCUUCCAAAACAGUGUGGAAAUUAACUGAUGAUUAAAACUUUGUGGAACUUAAACAAAAAAAAACCAAAAAACACCACACAGGGGCAAUGACUGGAUUUUGCAUCAUCAUUCCAUUUCUUUGUUUUAAAAAUCUGACUUGAAUCUUUCUGGACUACAGAAUGCCAAGGAUUGACUGGAAGUCAAGGAUAUCAGGGUUAAAAUGAACUGUUGGGGAGUGGAGAACAGGAGAUUACGUAGGGAGACUGGGGGUGAAGACAGAUGUACUAAUUGUAGGGCAGUGUGGCUGUUUUGAAAACAUUUUCACCAUGUUCAAUCCAAAUGCUCGGAGGCGGGACGGAAUGGUUCUGCAAGGCUUUGGCAAAAUCUGGCUACAGUCAGUGUUGACUGGCUAACGUCUAUGCCUUCAACCACACCUCCCUUAUAUCAGUUUUUCAGCAGUUUUGCUAAUCUCAUAAAACUCAUUUUAAGGAGUAGUG